UGUUUUCUGUUGUGGACAGCUGUUGUGGCUGCUCCGCGAAAAUUGCGCAUAAAUGAAAAAGUGAAUUGGCAGCAGGAAAAUGGACCAGCCCGACGACCAUUUCCGUUACAUACACAGCUCCUCGCUCCACGAGCGAGUGCAAAUCAAGGUAGGGACGCUCGAGGGGAAGAAGCGCCAGCCGGACUAUGAGAAACUGCUGGAGGAUCCGAUCUUGAGAUUCUCGGGCCUGUACUCCGAGGAGCACCCCUCGUUCCAGGUGCGCCUGCAGGUGUUCAACCAGGGCCGGCCCUACUGCCUUCCAGUGACCAGCUCCUACAAGGCGUUCGGCAAGCGAUGGAGCUGGAACGAGUGGGUGACGCUGCCGCUGCAGUUCUCCGACCUGCCCAGAAGCGCCAUGCUGGUGCUGACCAUCCUGGACUGCUCGGGCGCUGGCCAGACCACGGUCAUCGGAGGCACCUCCAUCUCAAUGUUCGGCAAGGACGGCAUGUUCCGCCAGGGAAUGUACGACUUGCGAGUGUGGCUGGGGGUCGAGGGCGAUGGCAACUUUCCCAGUCGCACGCCCGGCAAGGGCAAGGAGUCGUCUAAGUCGCAGAUGCAGCGCCUGGGAAAGCUGGCCAAGAAACACCGGAACGGCCAGGUGCAGAAGGUGGACUGGCUGGACAGACUGACGUUUCGCGAAAUCGAGGUGAUCAACGAGCGCGAGAAGCGUAUGUCGGACUAUAUGUUCCUUAUGAUCGAGUUUCCCGCAAUCGUGGUGGAUGACAUGUACAACUACGCCGUGGUCUACUUCGAGCCGGAGGGUGACGUCAAAUACAAGCUGCCGGCCAAGCCUAAGCUGGUUUCUGUGCCGGACUCCGAGAUUCAAAUGGAAAACCUGGUCGAGCGCAAACACCAUCGAUUGGCCCGUUCGGAACGUUCAGGCAUCUCGGACAGAGAUGCCAAGCCGACAGCCAGCAUUCGCGAUCAGCUCCACACGAUUGUCUAUAGGUAUCCACCCACCUAUGUUCUGAGCAGCGAGGAACAGGAUCUGGUGUGGAAGUUCCGCUUCUACCUCUCCUCGCACAAGAAGGCUCUGACCAAGUUCCUUAAGUGCAUCAAUUGGAAGUUGGAGGACGAGGUUACGCAGGCCCUUUGGAUGCUGGCCAACUGGGCGCCCAUGGACGUGGAGGAUGCCUUGGAGCUGCUGAGUCCGACUUUUACGCAUCCCCAGGUGCGAAAGUACGCAGUUAGUCGAUUGGCCCAAGCGCCAGACGAGGAUCUGCUGCUCUACUUGCUUCAGCUGGUGCAAGCGCUGAAGUACGAGGAUCCGCGGCACAUUGUCCACCUGCAUGGCUGCAUCUUUCCCGAGCGCGAUGUGGUGCGGUCCAUCCUGGACGACAACGGCUCUCUGCUGGACCAGAGCAGCCUAUCCGAUCUGAGCGCCACGAGCAGUGGACUCCACGCCUCGGUCAUUCCAGCCAAUCAGCGGGCGGCCAGUGUCUUAGCCGCCAUCAAGAGCGAUAAGUCAGUGAGUCCCGGAUCGGCGGGUGGCAGUGGCAGUGGUGGUCAGGGAUCGGUUGCGCUGCCGAACCCUUCUGCUCCCGCCACUCCGGGCAGCAGCUCGUUGCCCUGCGACUCAAACUCCAAUGCCCUCAUGCUGGCUGAGGGCAUCAGCUUCGGCAGUGUUCCAGCCAAUCUCUGCACAUUCCUGAUCCAGCGCGCUUGCACGAACGCCACGCUGGCCAACUACUUCUACUGGUACUUGUCCAUUGAGGUGGAGGAAGUGGAGUCGGUGAGGAAGCAGGACGAGAGGGCCCACGACAUGUACGCCAUGGUGCUCAAGAUGUUUCUGAAGGUGCUAGAGAACGGCAACUUCAAUCUGAGAGGCAUCUUCUACAACCUCCGGAAGCAGCGGCGUUUCAUCGACGAGCUGGUCAAGCUGGUGAAACUAGUGGCCAAGGAGCCGGGAAAUCGCAAUAAGAAAACGGAGAAGUUCCAGAAGCUGUUGGCCGAACAGGACAUGUUCAAGGUGAACUUCACCAACUUCGAGCCCAUUCCGUUUCCCCUGGAUCCGGAGAUCUACAUCACCAAGAUCGUGCCCAUGCGCACUUCGCUCUUCAAGAGCGCCCUGAUGCCAGCCAAGCUCACCUUUGUCACUUCGAUUGCCCAUCACGAGUACGCGGCCAUUUUCAAGCACGGUGAUGAUCUGCGCCAGGAUCAGCUCAUCCUGCAGAUGAUAACUUUGAUGGACAAGCUGCUGAGGCGCGAGAACCUCGAUCUGAAGCUGACUCCCUACAAAGUGCUGGCCACCAGCUCCAAGCACGGCUUCCUCCAGUACGUCGACUCCUGCACCGUGGCGGAGGUGCUUGCGCGGGAGGGCAACAUCCACAACUUCUUCCGCAAGCAUCAUCCGUGCGACAAUGGACCCUACGGUAUUUCGGCGGAGGUCAUGGACACCUACAUCAAGAGCUGCGCGGGCUACUGUGUGAUCACCUACUUGCUGGGUGUGGGCGAUCGGCACUUGGACAACCUCUUGCUGACCACCAACGGCAAGCUCUUCCACAUCGAUUUCGGCUACAUUCUGGGACGCGACCCCAAGCCCAUGCCGCCGCCCAUGAAGCUGAGCAAGGAAAUGGUGGAGGCCAUGGGCGGCAUCAGCUCCGAGCACCACCACGAGUUCCGCAAGCAGUGCUACACGGCCUACCUGCACUUGCGCCGGCAUGCCAACGUGAUGCUCAACCUGUUCUCCCUGAUGGUGGACGCCACUGUGCCGGACAUCGCCCUCGAGCCCGACAAGGCGGUCAAGAAGGUGGAGGAGAACCUGCAGCUGGGCCUCACCGACGAGGAGGCAGUGCAGCACUUGCAGAGCCUCCUGGACGUUUCCAUUACGGCGGUGAUGCCGGCUCUGGUGGAGCAGAUUCAUCGGUUCACCCAGUACUGGCGCAAGUAGCGGUGCAUGGCUUGCAUAAGAAAUUGUGGGAGGAGCAAGUAAUCUAUGAGUUGUCUAACAUCAAAAGUGUACACUAGACUAGAUCGACCUUAUUUUAUUAACCUUAUACUUAUUAAUACUUGUUAACAUUAUGUACUGAUUACCUUAGGCUCCUGCAACUUUUUAGUUUACCACACCACACUUUUAAUCCUAGUCGUAAGUUUGCUUUAGUCGUAGGUGGCCUGUAGCUAAAAGUCCGUAGUGCGGAACCAAAUUUAUCCACAUA